UCCAACUCUGGUCACACAGCCCCGGUAUCGUAAUGUAAUUUUGCGGCAGGAAAAUUUAUUAAUACCCGUAAAUAAACACAGUAAACUGAGUGGAAACUGUAAUCCUGACCAGCAAUCAUGUUGCGCAUCUAUCAGAAUACCUACAGGCGCACCGCGAGAAAAGCUGUUGUCUACUCCACCAAGGUCGCCUGCUGUAACCAUUCCACGCUCUGUAGCAUCACCAGCCACCCGCGCCGUUCGCAGGACCAUGGAACGGGCAGUUCGAGCUCCAAUGGCAGUCGCCACGAGGAAUUCCUUCUCUCCGGCAAUCCGGCGAGGGGUUGGCAGAUGCCUCCUCCAUCGCGUGGCUACGGGAUGCUGGUGGUGCGCAUCCUGCGGGGAGCCCUCAAGCUGCGCUACCUCGUCCUGGGCGGCGCCAUUGGCGGGGGCGUGUCCCUGAGCAAAAAAUACGAGGACUGGAAGGAUGGCCUGCCGGACUUCAAGUGGCUGGAGGACGCCAUGCCGCAGGGCGAGCGAUGGAGCCAGUUCUCCCGGAAUCUCAUCGAGGUCGGCUCCCUGGUGAAGAACGCCAUCGAUGUGGAUCCAAAGCUCAAGCAGCUGGGCGAGGAUAAGUUGUCGGAAUGGCGCAACUGGUUCGACAGUCGUCUGGACGAUGCAAUCGAGGCGGCCGACUAUCAAGGAGUUCAGAUUGUCGAAACUAAGGAUGACCUGAAGGCCAAGACAACAGUGGCCGCUUUGGGCAUCUCGACCGACGAAAGUCGCAAGAAGUACGAGAAACUGCAGAGCCAGGUGGAGACACUGCAGACGGAGAUCAUGAACGUGCAGAUCAAGUACCAAAAGGAACUGGAGAAGAUGGAGAAGGAGAAUCGCGAGCUGCGUCAGCAAUAUCUCAUCCUCAAGACAAACAAAAAGACCACGGCGAAGAAGAUCAAAAAAUCCUUGAUCGACAUGUACUCAGAGGUUCUGGACGAGCUCUCCGGCUACGAUACGGGCUACACCAUGGCCGAUCACCUGCCCCGCGUUGUGGUGGUGGGGGAUCAGAGCAGCGGUAAGACUUCCGUGCUGGAAUCCAUUGCCAAGGCUCGCAUCUUUCCCCGCGGCAGUGGAGAGAUGAUGACGCGAGCCCCAGUCAAAGUCACUCUGGCCGAAGGACCCUACCAUGUGGCUCAGUUCCGCGACUCCGAUCGGGAAUACGACUUGACCAAGGAGUCUGAUCUGCAAGAUCUGCGCCGAGAUGUGGAGUUCCGCAUGAAGGCCUCUGUGCGAGGUGGCAAAACUGUGAGCAAUGAAGUGAUUGCUAUGACGGUCAAGGGACCCGGGCUGCAACGCAUGGUUCUAGUGGAUCUGCCAGGCAUUAUUUCGACAAUGACUGUGGACAUGGCUUCGGACACCAAAGAUUCCAUCCACCAGAUGACCAAGCAUUACAUGAGCAAUCCGAACGCGAUCAUUCUCUGCAUUCAGGAUGGAUCCGUGGAUGCCGAGCGCAGUAAUGUCACCGAUUUGGUCAUGCAGUGCGAUCCCUUGGGACGACGCACCAUUUUUGUGCUCACCAAGGUGGACCUGGCCGAGGAGCUCGCCGAUCCAGACAGGAUAAGGAAGAUCCUUUCCGGCAAACUCUUUCCCAUGAAGGCUUUGGGUUACUAUGCCGUCGUGACGGGUCGUGGACGGAAGGAUGACAGCAUCGACGCCAUACGGCAGUACGAGGAGGACUUCUUCAAGAACUCAAAGCUCUUCCAUCGGCGCGGAGUUAUCAUGCCCCACCAGGUGACCAGCCGGAAUCUGAGUUUGGCGGUCUCGGAUCGCUUCUGGAAGAUGGUGCGGGAAACCAUUGAGCAGCAGGCUGAUGCAUUUAAGGCGACCAGAUUCAACCUGGAAACCGAAUGGAAGAACAACUUCCCAAGGUUACGCGAGUCUGGCCGCGACGAGCUGUUCGACAAGGCCAAGGGCGAGAUACUGGACGAGGUGGUGACGCUCUCGCAAAUCUCCGCUAAAAAGUGGGACGACGCUCUUAACACUAAGCUGUGGGAGAAGCUUUCCAACUAUGUGUUUGAAACCAUCUACCUGCCCGCCGCUCAGUCAGGUUCUCAAAAUUCCUUCAACACGAUGGUGGAUAUCAAGCUGCGCCAGUGGGCGGAGCAGGCACUGCCCGCCAAAUCGGUGGAGGCUGGUUGGGAGGCACUGCAGUCGGAGUUCAUCUCGCUGAUGGAGCGUUCAAAGAAGACGCAGGAUCACGACGGCAUCUUCGAUCAGCUGAAGGCCGCGGUGGUGGACGAGGCCAUUCGCCGGCACAGCUGGGAGGACAAGGCCAUUGACAUGCUGCGCGUGAUUCAGCUGAACACGCUGGAGGACCGCUUUGUGCACGACAAGCAGGAGUGGGAUUCGGCGGUCAAGUUCCUGGAGACGUCGGUGAAUGCCAAGCUCGUACAGACAGAGGAGACGCUAGCACAAAUGUUCGGCCCUGGCCAAUUGCGACGCUUCACCCACUGGCAGUACCUGACGCAGGAUCAGCAGAAGAGACGAAGCGUCAAGAACGAACUGGACAAAAUACUCAAGAACGAUACGAAACAUUUGCCCACCCUGACUCAUGAUGAGCUGACGACGGUGCGCAAGAACCUUCAGCGUGAUAACGUGGAUGUGGACACAGACUACAUAAGGCAAACGUGGUUCCCAGUGUACAGAAAACACUUCCUGCAGCAGGCAUUGCAAAGAGCAAAGGAUUGCCGCAAGGCCUACUAUCUCUACACGCAGCAAGGGGCCGAGUGUGAGAUCUCCUGCAGCGACGUCGUGCUCUUCUGGCGCAUCCAGCAGGUAAUCAAGAUAACGGGCAACGCGCUGCGGCAGCAGGUGAUCAAUCGGGAGGCGCGGCGUCUGGACAAGGAGAUCAAAGCGGUGCUGGACGAGUUCAGCGACGACGAGGAGAAGAAGGGUUACCUGCUCACCGGCAAGCGCGUGCUGCUGGCCGAGGAACUAAUCAAAGUGCGACAGAUCCAAGAGAAACUGGAGGAGUUCAUCAAUUCACUGAAUCAGGAAAAGUAGUGUGCCAUGACCAAAGACACCACACCCGAGGCGUUACUUAUUUAACUGGAUAGCUUAAGACCACAUUUCAAAUGUUUGUUCAUAGUCACGCUUGAGCCCCUUAGUUAAGCUUACUUUGUGCUCCGAAAGUAAUAAACCAAUAGAUCGUUAGUUCGUA